AUGCGAAUUGCCUUUCUGCUUUUUCCCACGAUUUUGUCCCAGCUUCAGCAUAGGGUCCUUUUUUCCCAAGAACUCCGAUUCCAUUGCGCCACGACUGAGAGCAAUGCUCCUCAAGACCCCAUCGAGGCAACAAUACCAUACAGAGCAGAGAAUACAAAGCAAUACGGUCCAAAAUUAGCUGGUAUCCAAAAGCCCGCUAAAGCGGCCCCAUCCUUGAAGUCUAGCUUACCUACCCGAACUCCAACUUCCCAUUCUCUUCACUUUCCUCCCCCCCACAACACCAACAACUUCAUCAGCACACCACCAAAAACGCAUCUCAAUGCAACAAAACUGACUCCCGAGACUACUACAACCUUCUCACUUCUCCUCUCCCCCUUCCCCAUCCCUUUCCCUUUCCCCUUCCCCUUCCCCUUCCCCCUCCCCUUCCCCGCGUCUCACCACAAGUCCUACAGAUACUCUGGCAAUGUGGCUGUAACUAUCGCCUACUUUGCUUCAAGUCCUGCGAACAGAGAGGACAUCCGAGGUCCCAUAUUCCAUACCUUGCUUGCUUCCAUGAUCGGUGUUCUCGUUGCAUCAUUCACUCGCAAGCCCGUCGACUUCAAGAAACACGUCACAGUGAUAGGCGAGCCCCCAAGACACACUGAAGCUAGAGCAGAUGCUAGAAUCCUGUACCAUCUCAUAUCUCUCGGGCACAACACAGAAGAUACUCAAGGCACAUGGUGGGAGAGAGUUAGUAGUUUAUUUCACAGCGAGCUCUCCAUAUUCGAAAUCAUGGGCUACAACCAGCUUAGGCCGCCUGGAAAACUGAAGCACACCCAGCGUCUGCCGAAUUUCAGAGUCUUCACAGAGUCUUGGGCCUUGGCUGCGUACUCACGCUCUCCCUCAUACAUAGGAGGCAACACCGUUGCUCCGAUUUAUUCUACUCUCACAGGUGCUGGUUUCGGCGCGAGAGUAUCGAUUGGCUACAGCGAUGCCACCAUCAGACUUUUGUCUCUUGCUACCUUUGCAAGUAGCUUGGCCCCCACCAGUCAUCCUGUCCCGGAAAACAGCGCCCUCCUGAGCACCAUCCUGCCAGGAGGUGCCUGGCCGACAACCGAGCAACUAACUCAGCGGCUCCCUCUGCUCUUUGUUCCGGCGCCGAUGAUGGUUUUGGAACAAGACUUGUGCCAGCAGACGAGCUGGCGCUGUCCAACCUCUAGCUACGGCAAGGGGCAGAGGGACUCACUGGAAGCUCAUGGUCCCGGCGCAUAUGCUGAUGAGAGAUUCCAGGUUCUUCAAUCUCUUCCCGGCUUCGGCCGUCCUAGCGACACUCAAGUCCAACAACAAAUUGAUAACAUCGUCCAGUUAUCUUCAGUGUUGAUGAUCCCUCGUCGCGAGAAGAUUUUCUGCGACUGGGCUUGUUACUGCACAGUCCCAUUUAUGCGCUCAGGCUGCAAAGGAGACCCCUUAAGACAGGAUGGCGGUGGUACCCGCCUCGAUGCUGGCUCGCGUGGCACUGCUCGUGGUGGUGGCCAGAGGAUAUCCGCUCCUCGCUUCAAGCGAGGAACCGGCAACAACAACAACAACCGUUUCUCCGGUCUAAAGAACGAGGACGAAGAUAAUGAUGAAGAGGAUAAGAUCCCUUCAUCCUCCCAGGCUGCCAUUGCAGGAGGAGGAGGAGCAACUGUGCUAACUUCUGACGAAGAGGCUCAAGAAUUGAAGGAGAACUUCAUGAUUUCCUACCUCGCUUUGGACUUCGGUCACCUUCCAUAUGCAUUUCAAUCAGCUAAAUGCUUCAUCCUCUGGUCAUCGAGACCACCCUCAAACCCCCUCCAACCGCCGCCGCCGCCCAACGCUCGAAGUUGGCCCCGGCUCCUCCUCACUCCGCUUCCGCUCCUCCCGCGUGCACGUCGUCUCUCCCUUCGUAGACCUAGCCUCAGUCCUCGAGAGAGGGGGGAGGGGGGAUUCCCGAUAGCAGGUCGAUGGUCGAUGGUCGAUGGUGACAUCCAAGACUCAAGAAGUUGA